AUGCUAAGAAUUUUAAGCAAAAUUAUUGUUAGAGAGCGAGUUAGUUGCAAAGCAAAUGCAUUACCAAAGGAUAUUAUUGCACAAUACUUACAAGGUAGUGAAAAUUUAAAAAAUUUACGCCUUUAUGGUUUAGUUGUUGGAGCAUUAACUAGAUCACGUCAAAAAAAAUUUCAAAUUAAGUUUGAAAGUAUUGGUGAUGGGCUUUUGAUUGUGGAUAUUCGUGCUGGAAAUUUGCGCCAUGAAAAACAAGUUACUUUAAGUAGUGAAGUUGCUGAACAAUCAACAAUUCAUACUAAACUUUUAGAGUCUAGUGAAAAUAGUUUGGACGAAGAAGAUUAUGCUAGUGAUGCUAGUAAUGUUAGUGAAGUGGAUCUUACUACGACAUCUAUAUGGAAAGAGCAACCAAUCACUAUUGACCAACGGGCAAUUCAAUUAACAUACAAUCGGCCAUGUCAAAUUAAUCUUCCAUCAGUUAGACUUUGGGUAUUAAUGUCCAUUGUUCCUGUAAGUGAUCGUCGCUAUUAUUGGAGAACACAAGAAAAUACUCAACCAUUAAUGUCAUUUAAUUUUCAACGUUGGAUGAAUAGAAAACCACAAUGUAUAAUUGCAACAGCAUCAACAACUGCUAAUGCAGAUGAAGUUAGACAUGUAGUUAAAAAUAAUACUAGUUCAGAAAUUGUUAAAUUUACAAGACCAAAAGUGUUUUAUGAAUAUUCACAAGCAAAAGGAGCUCAUGAAGAAGCACAUAAUCUUUCACAUUUUGAUUUUAGAAGGCGAUUAGCAGAUGAAAUGCUUGGUAUUGACUAUAAU